UCUCAAUUAAAUUUACAUUUUAGGUUAAGUUCUUUGAACAUUUGGGUUUGGUUAGUAGUUAGCUUAAAAUCUAAAAAUUAAAUGAUAAAACUCCGAUACUUUAGGGCAAAAUGUUUUUGAAGAAAUUAUUGAGGGUUGGAUCUACCUAUUGCUACUACAGAGCUCAUUCCAAACAGUAUACGAGCUUCAUACGGACUCUCCGAACUUCAUCGCUACACUGUGAACAAAAGCAAGAUAAAGACGAAAAGGAAUCUAAAGCCCUGAUACAGCGAGAUGCCUUCGACAGAAUUGAGUCCAAAUCGAAACAGACCUAUUUAGAGGCAAUCAGGAUCUUUGUAAAUGAAGAUCACAUAUAUCGAAGGGGUCAUGUUGAGUUCAUAUAUUCUGCUAUGAAACACAUGGAAGAAUUUGGUGUUCAUAAAGACCUGGAAGCGUAUAAAUCAUUGAUAGAUGUCAUGCCAAAAGGAAAAUUCAUCCCACAGAACAUUUUUCAAGCAGAAUUCAUGCAUUACCCCAAACAACAGCAAUGCAUCAUAGACCUUUUGGAACAGAUGGAAGACUGUGGUGUGAUGCCAGACUUUGAAAUGGAAGACCAGCUUCUGAACAUUUUUGGAAAAAGAGGUUUCCCUUUACGAAAAUACUGGAGAAUGAUGUAUUGGAUGCCAAAAUUCAAAAAUCUGUCACCUUUCCCUGUACCUGAUCCAUUACCAACUGAUACAUUUGAACUAGCCAAGUACGCUAUCGAGAGAAUUAGUGGUGUUGAUGUAACCACUGUAGUGACAGUAUAUCAGACAUCAGAUGUAAAGGAUUCUAUAGAUGACACGUGGAUUGUCAGCGCCCAAAGUGGCACACAGAAGAAGUUAUUGCAAGAGCAUGAUGUUACUGAACCUCUAUAUGUUGAAGGGCCUUUCAAAGUUUGGAUCAAAGGUAACCUCAUAAACUACUUCAUCCUACGCACGAAGCCAAAACCGAGCCCAGAAGAUGACGACGUCAACCUUGACGACGUCAGCAACCUGAAAGUGUCACUGUUCAAUCUACGGCCCCCCGUCGGCAAACAUUUGAAAAAGAUCCCGUCUGUGCAUGAACAGGACGAUGGCACAAUAUUUUCUUUGUGCGCAACGGGCACGUCAAGUCAGGAUUCGUUGUUAUCAUGGAUCAGACACUUGGAGAAUGAUGGAAAUCCUAAGUUGGGAGAAGUCCAAGUAGUGUUUACGCUUAAAACUGGAACCAAGGAGGUUGCUAAAGUAGGGGAUGAGGAAAGUCAGGAGAAAAUUGAGGAUAAAUAGUUGGAGUCAGGAAGAUGCAUGAAGAAUGUAUCAUCUUAUAGAAGGCAUUUUAAAAGGCAGAUGCCUGGGAACAUAACCUCAAAGUGUGAUUUUAUUCUGGAACAUAAUCCAAAAUUGUUCCUCAGUAUACAUAGAAAUCCAUAUACCACUGACGUCGUAAUGUGUACGAGACAGAAGCGUGCAAUACGUAUGUUAGAAAGAGAUAGAAGUAUCACGUUGCCUAGCAACGAGAGUGGCGAGGCCACGGAUGCAGCUGCGGCUUCUCGCGUUUCUGUCUCGUUAGAGAUAUUUGGAUUUCUCUGUACAGGAAACCUUGAGGAAAUGAUAGGAUCAAAUGCUGAGCUGUUAUUUUGCUUAUCUUGUGGACUACCUGUAAUAAACUGUUGAACGUU